AGCACGCGCCUUGGAGCUGGCGCCCUCUAGCGGUGUGACGUCAGUGAAUAACCAGAAAAAAGCAUAUUGAACGUCGCACCCAAGACUUUUGGGUAUUGUCAGCAAAGUUGGUCGUUGAUCUGGCCCCACCUCCGUCAUACUCACUGAAGCAGAGAUUAUGGAUCCGAAAACCUGACGUAGUUCUUCUGCCCAAUGCACGCGAAGCUGUUAGAACCUGACUCGGACAAGCAACAUCGGAGUUGUGCAGAUCUGGAUUCCGAAAACUGCGGUCCCCAUGCAAGCAGUCAAGGCAUGGGCAGCAGUGUGCAGGGAGGGGGCACUGCCUCCGGGCCUGUGGAAAUACAACAAAAGGCGACGCAAGCCAAAGACGUGACUCGACCGAGGAAAGCGCACCACAUGAGAUCCCGUUCGGACAUUGUACAGCAGCACCAUGCGAUGACGAGGUGCCGUGACAUGAAGCUCUCACCGUCCUUCCCAUCUCAUUUGUCAAAGAGCUUGAAGACUCGGAGGAGCCUGCUUGACGAUGGCAGCCGAAUCAUUCCUCCAACGGAGUGCUUCUUUCCACAGCCUCAGAAGGGACAGAGUCUCACCAGCUUUCUGUCUUCAUCGGAAUUCAGCAACUGUGCCGAGCUUGACAAGGAGAAUGCACACUUCUACGUCUCAGAGGCACUCAUAUCCGCCAUGGAACAGAUGAGGUGGCGAAAAGCUGUAUAUGGGCAAAGCGACGGUGAGGCGGAGGAGAGCGAGGUAGAAGACAUAAAGCAGCGCAUACGCAUUCGACGCCGGGAAAAGGUGCAAGAGAAAAUCUCUAGGCCAUUAGAAUUGCAGCUUAGCGAUGGGCUAACAGACACCCCGACAAGCAUAUCCCCAGCAAGCUCGUUCAAUUCUUCUACGUCUUGUCGAGAAGGAGAAAGUGACACUGACAUUGAAGACUUUGACCUCUCAGAAAAUAGGACCACAAACUUGUCGCUAGUGCCAGAGCAAGGACUGUCUUUAUCAAUGGCUUCUCUCUAUUCAGAUACGGACAUUAAGAAGUUGUCGCAGGAUUCUGGUUCAACGGAGGUCCUCAACAAAUUGACACCGUCAGCUGAGGUGGUUGCGCUAAGCUUGUUGAAGAAGUUUUCUGAAAAACACCUGCCAAAGGCGUCCGAACUGGUGUGGUUAGUUUCAGAAAGGGAUGCUCCUCAGUCGCUACUCCCUCUGCCAGACUCUUGGCCCAUCUCACCAGAUGAAGCUUUUGAUGAGUAUGAUGUUCCAAAGACUCGCCUGAGGGGCAACUUGGAGUGGGCUCCGCCAAGGGAGCAGAUAAUCUUGAGUGUCCGCACCAAGCCCAGGCUGAGAAUGCAGCUGGCUGCGCAGAAUUACCGAUGUGCUGGCUGUGGUAUGAAGGUCAGCCAAGCGCUCGCGAGUGGUCUGCGCUACUGCGAGUACCUGAGCAAGCUGUUCUGUCACUGCUGUCACAAUAACAGCACUGCAGUGAUACCAGCACGCGUGUUGCACCAGUGGGACUUCGGCCGGUACCCCGUCUCAAAGUUUGCGCACGACCUUCUGGAGCGGUUGUCUGCGGAUCCACUUUUCCACGUGCAGGACCUGAAUCCUUCGCUGUACAGGCGCAGCAACAGCAUGAACAGGGUGCGACAGUAUCGGUUGGCACUUCAUCAUCUCCAGCAAUUUGUACAGGCCUGUCGACACGCAGUCGUGCUUCAAGAUGAACUGGAAAAACUCCCUCAUUAUUUGUUAAGUGACCCUGAUGUCUACUCAUUGGAAGACCUGCAGCAGGUUCGCAGCGGUGCUUUGGUUGAAAGCCUGAAAAAGAUUUGGCAGUCAUGCCUGAACCACUGCACCCAGUGUGCCCGCUGCUGUGCCCAAGGCUUCAUCUGUGAAGGCUGCCAUAAUGGAAAAGACAUCCUAUUCCCUUAUCAGCUCUCUUCUACAUUUCAGUGUCCUGCCUGCAGGGCGUGCUUCCACCACAAAUGCUACGUGCCUGGACACUGUCCAAAGUGCCUACGUCUAGAGAACAGAAGGAAAACCUGGGCGCACAUGGAAUAUGCAUCUUCUUGAUUGGUUCACCUUGCCGGUUCGUCCAAUGACUGGGAUUGUCCUAUCCGUCCAAUCACAGCGGCAAGCCGUGUACCUCUGGACACAUCGUUGUGUAUGCAUGACGUAUACUUCUCAUCCCCGCUGCAGAUAUAACAUACUGCCAUGGGAUUUGGAAAGGGAGCAGGUUUGCUACAAAUGGACUUCAAACAAAGUGAACUUCUGUUCAGCGCUUGUCACCGUCCCUGCAGUGAAAGGCAUCUUCGUUAAUUCCGUAGUAAGCACCGCAUGUGAGAAGAUGCCAGUGCAGGUGGCUGCAGAAUUUUCGUGAAUUUUUAUGCAUCGUUUAAUGCACGCCUUGACGGGCAGUAGCAACAGUCCAAAAAUGCAGAACGGUCUGCUUGCUUUGUAAACAGAUUGAAUGCGUUUACAGCAUACUACAUAUUUUACUACUGUGAAGAAUAGUCGUACCGCAUAUACUGUUAAUUUGGAUGUUUUUAAUGGGAAUAGCCAAAACUGUAUUGAACUUGUUGAGAUAAGUAGACAGUGCAACAAGCUGCUUUAAUUGACCAAAAUUGGAACAUAAAGGAUAAGAAUGUCUGUGCGCCCUUGGGCAUGCUCCCUGUAACAUUACCUUCCUCUGUAAUACUCUCUUUUGAGAUAGGAGUGAUAGUCAGAGAUAGAGAGAGAUACCUAGAGAUAGCCAGCUGAAAGUGAGAGGAACGUGAGUUGCAGUUGGAGCACAGUGUGGGGACGUUGGAAUGCAGUAGUGACCGUCGUUUUUGAGAGCAGGCCAACCAAGUCUUUCUUUUUUUUUUUUCUUUUUUUUUUUGAUAAGUUAAUUUAGGACAAUGUAAUUUUUUGUGACUCCCACAAAGUCGACUAGAGACAUUGUUCCUUAGAGUAUACCAGCAGCACAGACAAGUAUUUGUGAAAGGGAAUUGUAAUACUGCAAAACAGAUUGGUUGGGUACAAUGUGAGGGCCCAUAUGGUGGGGGUAUAAAAGUGCAUGACCAUUAUUGAUUUACAAUUAUUGAUACAAUAACAAGUUAUUAGAUGUCUCAUUUGCAACAGUACUGAGUAGAAAGCAAAAAGCACUUCUUUCUUGCUUUUUUUUUUUUUUUUUUUUGCAUAGGUACAUGACUUGUACAAACAAAGGAACGUUAAGUAGACCUCCAACGCAGAAGCAUGCUUAUUGGAAGCGUUUCAGGCCCCUCUUACAGCCCCCUAGACUCUCCUCUGAGGUUCCUCCGUGGUUUCCGUGCGAGACCCCAGAAAACCACGAAUUCUAUAAGUAAAUAAACUCCACAAGGCUCGUAAAGAAAUUCUUGGAGGUCAGUGACUGGGCACUGCUUACAGUAAUUGGAUAUUAAUUAGAUGAAUUAAUUACUGGUUCGAUCUUUUUUGCUCUUCGUUCGUACUGUCGUUCCCUCAACUUUUCUGGUGGCAUUCAUCGUUCUUGCUCUCACUUUAUCCACAAGUGCCUCAUUAGACUUCUUGCGUGUCUUCGUCAUUCAGCAUCCCUCAUUGGACACAAUCAGUGCCCUUGGCUACACAUGAGAAUGCUUUGUCCACUCACCGUUGUCAACACCACCUAGGUAGAGAAAGCCUGUACAUUGCCUUCUCUCCCUCUUUCAAUUAAGAGUCCAAACUUGUCUGUUACUGUGGUUAAAACCCAUUUUUAACCCCCCCCCCCGAUUUGCAUUAUCGUCACUUGUGGUAAAACCCGAAAAAACACGAAGACUAACUUGGCAAUGUGCCAGUACGGCCACCAAUACGGGCAAUGAUGAAUGCUAAACACUGCACAUCCAGCAUGGCAGUUUCGUAUCUUGUGUUAAUCUAAAGUGUGAGAAGCACUCUUGUUCGUAUUUUUGGCCCUAAAAUCAGCUUUUUCACCCAAUAUCGCCAGAUUUUACUGUUUUACAGCUCCCGAAAAGAAAAAAAAUUUUUUUUAACCCAAGCAGCACAAUAUCAUGGGCCAAUAUUGGACUGAUACUGGAUAUACUGGUCCCAUAUUGGACUGAUACUGGAUAUACUGGCCCUGUAUUGGACUGAUGCUGGAUAUACUGCCAGCACAUUGCCAAUAUCGGUCCAGUAUUGGGCUCAGAUGUUGUGCUGCUGGGAACCCCCCGAUUUUCAAAAGGCAUAAUAAAACCCGAAAACACAGGCCGCCUAUAUGUGUGUGAUACUGGAGUAGCGCACUUGUAUUCACGCCAGUUACGAUCUUUACUUUUGUGCAGUAGCGGUAGACCCCAGUGUUUUCGGGUUUCAUGUGCUUUCGUAAUCGGGGUGUGGAAGUCUGGUUUUAUGCUGGAAGCUGCAAAACAGAAAUUCAAGUGAUACAGUGUAAAAGAGCUGAUUUUUGGGUCGAAAAGAAAAAAACAAAAAUCGAAAAGAGAUGGCAGGAAGCAGUGUCGCAUGAUGUAUUUAGUAUUGUUUGAAUUUAGUGUUCCCCCAUAAAAGCAGCUGAACUUGCGUUGAAGUAAUGAUGGUGAAAAUUGAGGGGUAAAAACUUGUCUUACUGGGCUUAACCCCAGAACACGGGACUCCAAUUGUCGUGCAUGUGCUUUACAUGCACACAGUUCCUGGGGUAUUUGAACAUAUACACUUAAUUGAUUUGGAACUGCCACUAAAUUAUUGUUUUAAGCAGCGGAGGAAAAUUCUUCGUUCGUUCUGGAAGGAAACCUGCACUAAUACUCUGUUUUAUAUUAUUGAAACAAUCUGGCAGAAAUUAGUUUUCUGGUGUACAGAAUUACUUUGCACCAGUAACUGGUAGGUUACUUGUAAAAAAAAUAGUAGUACAUAAUAGUAACUUGGCUGCUUCACAGUUACUUUCUAAGAAACGAAAUACAAGUGAAAUACAAUUUUAUGCAAGCAAAUGUGACGCUAAAAAAACUUUGACCGUUUGCACUUUCGAGCCACAACGACAUCACAUGCCUGUUACAACUAAGUGCUAGUAGUUGCUUUCCGAAGUUACCAUCAGUAAGCUUCCAUAUUGUCAGUCAAAACACAGUCCUUGAAAUUGGAGCGCUGGAGGGAAUGCAGUAAGAUCUUCACGACGAGAAAACUGUUCAUAGCGUGCAGACAUAUGGCAAAAUAUGAUGCCACAUUCAUAACUGCAUUGUAGUUACAUUUUACAAUUGCUCUAACCAAAAGUCUUAGCAAGUUACAGUUUCAAGUUCGUUGUAACAACUCUCCUUCGGAAUGAGCUACGAGGUGUUGGGUGCGGAAUUUACUUUUAUGUGUUUUGUUUUAAAAAAUAUAUAAAUUAAGCUAGCAAACAAUUAUAAACCAAAUUAAUUAAACCAUUACUCCAAAAUGUUACUUUAACUUGCUGAAGUGUCGGCCACAUACACUAUCGGAAAGACAAGCUCUAUCUGAAGGGUAGAAUUGCCUAUGCAUGCAGGGUCCUACAGUUUGUCAGUUUGACUCGCCUGUCACUGUUGAGAGUAUUGCUCCAGUCAGACGGGUACAAAAUGAGAACGCAUUUAAACCAUACUGAGUGGAAAGCUCAAGUUACCUGGCAGUGCUUGUGCUUCUCAUCGGGUUCUGCAACAAUUCCGGUGUGCAAAAAAAAAAAAAAAGGCCUGACCUUCCAAGAGAGCCCUGCUUCUGCGGUGGGCUGCUGUCGAAGAGUUUUACGGGCAAUUUCCUCAAUUCAGCUGCAUUGCAUGUAGCUGCGAUUUAAUAUGGUCACGCAGUUAUGUCAAUUGAAGGCUGUUUCAGCAAUUAUUUAGCAGUGCAGUUCCAUAGCUGUGACACCGAAAUGCAGUGCUUUCAGUUUACAAGAUUCGGAGAUUUUUAGUGUGUAAGGGCUGUAGAGGAAAUUUGUGUUUGUGCCAAGAACCUAAUCCUCUUUCUUUUUAAAACUGAGCCGCUUUUAUUGACUACUAAAACAAAGUUUACUUUCUACUUGCUACUCUAUGUCUUAUGUUUGCUACAUUUCCUUGGACUUUACAUAUGUGCAGCACUUCCUUCAAGCAAUUCUUUUCUGCAGACAUUGCUUAGUUAUUUCUAUUUAUCUUUCCUUUACCGUGUGAAGUGUAUAAAAUGUGUUUAUAGAGUGCUCAGAAGGAGCAGACCUGGUAUUUUUUUGCACCAAGAACCUGAGUGAGAUAUAGUGUUUGUACAAUAUCUCUUAGACUGUGCCUUGAAUUAUUAUGACUGAUAACACAGAAUGUAAUGCAUUGGCUUUGCACCACAUAUUUACGGUUUUGUAAGCAUUGUUAAUCGGCCUGUGCUUCACUACUCGUCACUACCUACUAGUCAUUUUGCAAAAUAAAAGUGUGUGCAGUCACUCUCAA